AUGGCCGCCUUGCAUGAAGCCCUUCAAUGCCUCCUGCCUACAUCAUGGGAUCAAGUCCCUCAGUCGCCCGAUGCGCUCCGUGACUAUCUCCGUGAUAUAUUUAAGCAUAGCCGUCUGAUAGCGGAAUCACUGCCUAAUCCUCCGCCAUACGAUCACGACGUGUACAGUGAGCUUGAAGUACUGGCGACAGGCACUAAGCCUCGUGUACAAUUCACCCCCUCGUCUGUCAGGGUCAAUGAGACGGACUCAGAAGUGACCUCAUUACAGAAGGAAUGGGGGAAACCUAUGAAGGUUGGUGGUGGAUCGAAAGAAAAUCCACUUGAUUUGCACCUCUGGAAGUUGUCGUCCAAGGACGGGAAAGGUACUUGGUUCGGUAGAAGGAGUGUACACGAGGGGCUUCCAUUCUCACGGUGGAAGGAGAAGUUUUCAACAGAGUACGCCCACAGUCUGCGCGUCAAUCAACGGAAAAUUAGGAAAGGGCAGACGCCAGAUGCGUGUAUUCGUGGUAUAGGAGCCGAGAAGAAAGUGGAGUGUGUUGAGGUCAAGGAUGAAGAUGGCUCAACGCUCGGUCAGGUCAAUGUGUAUCACGUCUCAGCCCAGUUUCCGAGGCCGACCGCACCACGCGACUUUGUCGUGUUGAUGAUUACCUCUGACGUUGGACUUCAAGUGGGAGGAACAAAGCAACCAGGACGGAGUAUGAUGAUGAUUUCGAGGCCGUGUGAACACCCAGAUGUUCCGCCUAGGAAUGGGUACACCCGCGGUGAAUACGAAUCGGUGGAGCUCAUUCGAGAAAUUCCCCGAGCGAGCAAUGCCGGCGCUGGCUCUGCUUUGGAAGCUGACAGUGAGAAUGAACAUGUCUCACGUGCACAAGCGUCUGAUGCACAGGACGAUGAUGAAUCAAAUCCUGUUGAGUGGAUCAUGGUCACGAGGAGUGAUCCCGGAGGCAACAUUCCCAAGUGGAUGAUUGACAAGGGAACACCCAAGAGCGUUGGAGGUGAUGCUGCCAAGUUUAUCAAAUGGGCUCUUGAAAAAGACACGCCACAAAAAGAAACAGCAAGCUCGCCAUCUUUGCAAGAUGAAACGUCGCGGCACCCCAAUGGCGUUUCCAGCGGUACCGCCGACCUGAGCGACAUCUCUGACUCGGAUGAUUCAGAUUCAGACUCAGACUUGAGUUCAGUCUAUACCGACACUCAGUCCCAUCAUGGUCUUAUUGCCAGUGUGACUGGCCUACUUCAUACCGGCCUCGAGAGAUUCGCACCUCAAGCAUUACUGGACUACGUGCCUUAUCAGAGAACUCCUUCGGGGAACCUUAUCCAGGUUGUCAAGGUCCCAGGAGAUGGAACGGAAACACCAUCUGCCGCACCAGCACACUCAGCUAGCGUCUCCAAAAAGAGGCUAUCCAAUUCCAAUAACGGUGACAAUAUGUCUUUACCGUCGAAGCAUUCAGAGGCGGACACACCAACACUCGAUGAAAUACCCCCAGGAAACCUUCCGCCGGCUGAGUUGAUGGAGCUGACAAAGGCUGGUAAACUCACCAGCCAUGAGAAAGACCUUGCCAAACUUGCUGUGCGCAAGCGUGAGGUUGAUGCCAAGCUCGAGACGGUCCGCUCCGAACUAGACAAAUUACAGCUCUCCCAGCCAAACGUUCCGUCGGCGUCCUCACACACAGCCAACAGUGACACUGGGAGUGAGCAAAUCGGGCAUGGCCAAGUACAGAACACAGGUCCUUCUUCAGCUCCACCCGACUCCUCAGCCACGGAACUCAGUCACAGCACUGCGAGUAGCGACAGUAAGAGCACGAUCGAAGACGCCGCGACAUCUGACCGCCCAAUGAAGUCAGAGAAACCAGCCGAACUCCACAAGGUUACAUCCCAGCUGUUCAAGGAGGAAGCGAAACUGUUGAAGCAGCUGCGCAAGAUUGAAGCCAGCCAGUUGAAGAUCGCAUCGAAGAUCGAAAGCAAACAGCGCAAGCAGGCCGAACGCUCGAAGAAGUCCAAGUCUAAAAGCGAGAUUGAGUCUCUUCGUCAGGAAGUCAAGGAUCUGAAAAAGGAGAUUAGUCAAUUACGUUCUGAGCGUGAGAAGUGGAUUGAUCUAGUCUCUACCUUGCAGAUGGAGAACAAGAAGCUGGCGGGAGGAGUGGACGAACGGAAGUGA